AUGGGCGACAAGAUCAGCAAUAUCAGUGACGCGGCCAAGGCCCUUGGGGAGAAGAACAAAGAGCACUUCGACCAAGUCGCCGCUGAAGUGUUCAAGCAUCCCUGGAUUCAGCAGUUAUGUAAUCAGAUAUCCGACGAGUUACGCCAGAACCUGGACUGGAUCGGCAUUCCUGAGAAACCUGAUGCUUUUAAAAUGCUUGAUUAUGCCUGUGGUAACGGCGUUGCUUCUCGUGCACUCGCCCCGUAUGUCUCCAUCGUCCGUGGCAUUGACAUCUCAUCCAAGAUGGUUGAGCAAUACAACAUGCUUGCAGAAGCCUCUGGGUUUAGUUCGGAUAAAAUGAGAGCUGUACACGGGGACAUAAUGAAUCCCGAAGCAUCGCCCUCACCUGAGCUUGACACUCCAGAUUUCAACGACUUCGAUCUCAUCGUGAUGUGUAUGGCUCUCCACCACGUACAGGACUACGCAGCUAUGAUUCAGAAACUGAGCGAAAAGCUCCGUCCUGGUGGUGUGCUUCUGGUCAUCGACUUGGUUUCUUCUUCGGAGAGUGGCUGCCCUGAAGCCACUAUGGCUAAAGAGUUGUCUAACCACACUAUGUCCAAGAUGGGAUUUACUGAGACGGAGGUCAAGACUGUUUUUGAGAAAGCUGGUUUAGAAGGUUGGUCUUGGAGAUGGUGUUCUGAGAGAUCCAAGGUUCCUGAAGAGAUAGGCGGCGAACAGCAGGGCUUUUUCGCUCGAGGUUACAAGGGCGUUGGGGGCAGCGGGAUUAAGCAGGCCUAA